AUGCCUACGAGAUUUUCACGGUCAAAAAAUACACUUCAUCGAAUUAUAAAACAAUCUAAACAUGGUACGUCAGUAUCGAACAGAGCCAAUGAAAAUAGACGUAGAACAUGUUGUGGUUUGUCAAGAAUUAAAAUGCUAAAGGUACUCGGUACAUUUCUUGUACCAUUGGUUAUUGGGAUCUUUACAAUUGCGACUACUAUUCAACAAUAUCAAGUUAAUGAACAAAAUCGUUUAAAAGAUUUAGAAAUCGCUGCACGACAACGUGAUCAAGAACUAAAACAAGCCAAUACACUACAACAAGAAACAGUUUAUGCUGUUUAUAUAAAAGAGAUGGGUGAAUUAUCGUCAAAAUUAAAAGCAAAAAAUCUUAGUAGUACUGAACUUGAUCAACAAUGGAAACUUGCUCGAGCUAAAACAUUAUCAGCACUACGACAACUAGAUACGAAACGAAAAAGUUAUAUAAUUCAAUUUUUGUAUGAAAUAGAACUACUUUUUACUAAUAAUUCUGCAAUGGAUUUAAAUGGUUGUGAUCUAUCUGGAAUAAUAUUAACAAGUCAUACCGGUAUGACAUUUAUGUUUGAUUAUAUUACUCUUACUUAUGUUGUGUUGUCGAAUACUUCAUUUGUUAAUUUACAUCUCAUGAAAGCCGAUUUCAGUGGAUCACUAUUGAACAAUGCCAAUUUUAGUAAUGCUUAUUUAUUUGAAGCAAAUUUUACAGGAUGUGAUUUAACAAAUGCAGAUUUACGAGGAGUACAUGCAGAGUUUGCUAUCAUGAAAAAUGUCAAUUUAUCAGGGGCUAUUUUUGGUAAAAAACCACCUGUGAAAAUAAAAAAUGCAAUAUUACCUAAUGGAUCGUAUGUAUUUUACAGUAAGGACUAUCUUCAAUCAGAUCUAUUUAAUGAGUCAGUUAAUUUAAUUAUUAAUGGAAAUGCAAAUUGUCAAACUAAUAAAAAUUCAACGGAAAUAUUCGGUUGGAUAACUCGCAACGAGCCAGUAGCAAUCGUAACUAAAUAUUCUGAACUACCUCCAUUAAUUGGAAAUAUUUCAAGAGAUGAUUGCGUAUUUUGGGGUGGAACACGAAAUAGUUCAAUAGGCUAUCUUCAUCAACGAGUAUUCUUUUCUGAUUAUAGUCGAUUGAUCAACUCCGGUCGUGCUUUAUAUGAAUUUUCAUUUGAUACUGGUGGAAUCGAUGAAUAUAACGAUCAUGUUUAUUUGACGAUGCAAUUGCGUGCACCAAGUGGUCAGUCACUUAUAAGUAUUGUAUUUCCACCUAUGACAAAUAUUGAACGAAAAAAUCGAAGUAUUUUAUGUUAUCAACUUCUGUAUGGGCCAGUACCAUUAGAUACACAUAGUGUACUUAUUAAUAUUUGGUUUAAUAAAAUGAGUAAUAGUCCAUUCAAUAAUGAAUUAGAACUUGAAUGA